GUAGCCUCUAGCAGCCUUCCCUGGAGUUGGUCAGACUCCGUGGUCCGAGCCAGGAGAGCUAACAUAUUUAAAUGUCCCUCCCUCCUACCACCAUUGCUCCUCCAGAUCCCAGGGUGGGAUUGGGACCUGCCGAAGCAGAAAGCAGCCCCCUCCUUUGAUUGAGACUGUCCUGGGACACAAGCAAUGGUGGAAAACUCCCAGUCCAAGCUCCGGCUGGCUAGGAGGCUGAAGGAAUCAGGGUGGUGGCUACUCCUCUGGGGAGUCCUCCAGGCUUGCCCCACGCAGGGCUCCGUGCUCUUGGCCCAGCAGCUACCCCAGCAGCUGACAUCCCCUGGGUAUCCGGAGCCCUAUCUCAAAGGCCAAGAGAACUCCACUGACAUCGAGGCUCCAGAGGGCUUUGCCGUGAGGCUUGUCUUCCAGGACUUCGACCUGGAGCCGUCCCAGGACUGUGAGCAGGACUCUGUCACAAUCACAGCCAGUGGAAUGGAUCCAAGUCGGUUCUGUGGGCAGCAGGGCUCCCCGCUGGGCAGCCCCCCUGAUCAGAGGGAGUUUGUGUCCCCGGGGAACCGACUGCGGCUGACUUUCCGAGCCCCUGCCUCCUCUCAGGACAGGACCACUGGCCUCCACAAGGGCUUCCUGGCCCUCUACCAAGCUGUGGGUGUGAACCGCAGUCAGCCCGUCAGCCAGACCAGGGAAGCCUCUGAGGCCAGAACACGUGGAGACAGCCCCUCCAAGACCCAGAAGCGCUGCCAGGAGCCCUAUUAUCAGGCCGCGCCAGCAGGGACACUCACCUGCACACCCCAGGGCCCCUGGAAGGAGACACAAGACAGGGAGGAGCUUCCUCACUGCAUCCCGGUCUGUGGCCGGCCGGUCACCCCCAUCGCCCAGAACCAGGAGGCCCUGGGUUCCUCCAGAGCCAAGUUGGGCAACUUCCCCUGGCAAGCUUUCACCAACAUCUACGGCCGCGGGGGCGGGGCCCUGCUGGGCGACAGGUGGAUCCUCACGGCCGCCCACACCAUCUAUCCCAAGGACGGCAUCUUUCUCGGGAAGAACCGGAGCGUGGAGGUGUUCCUGGGCCACACAAGCGUGGACGAGAUGUUGCGGCUGGGGAGCCACCCUGUGCGCCGCGUGGUGGUGCACCCGGCCUACCGCCAGCACGAGUCCCACAACUUCGAUGGGGACAUCGCGCUCCUGGAGCUGCGGCGCAGCGUGCGGCUGGGCCCCAGCCUGCUGCCCGUCUGUCUGCCCGAGCGCCAGGCCCUCUACCGCAGCGGCGUGUGGGGCUACGUCAGUGGCUUCGGCGUGGACGGGGGCUGGUUAACCACCCAGCUGAAAUACUCCGGGCUGCCCGUGGCCCCGCGCGCGGCCUGCCAGGCCUGGCUCCAAGAGAAGCAGAGGUCUGAGGUGUUUUCUGCCAACAUGUUCUGUGCUGGGGAUAAGAUGAGGCAGCAGAAUGUCUGCCAGGGGGACAGCGGGGGCGUCUAUGCGGUAUGGGAUGAGCGCGCCCAUCACUGGGUGGCCACGGGCAUAGUCUCCUGGGGCGUGGGCUGUGGCAAGGGCUAUGGCUUCUACACCAAAGUGCUCAACUACCUGGACUGGAUCAAGGGAGUGAUGGAGGGGAAGGACUGACCCUGGGGGCGCUUGAACAGUGACACCCAGCUGUGGAGCGUCCCCCCAUCCGGGAGAGGGUUAGGAGGAGGACUGGGCUCAGGGAUGGCGCUGGGGGCAGGGAACCCCUAUUCCUGUCCUGUCCCUUGUGCGAGAGAGCUCCUCCUCCUUCCCAGUGCCCCCCACCCCCUUUCUCCACCUUCUUGCCCGAGUUUGCGCUCCACCCAGGAAAGCCCUGGACAUCUCAGCCAGUUUCCCUUUAAACUUCAUCUCCUGCUGACACGGCUUCUUCUGUACUCUCCUGGGAGACGGUCACCUUCUCAUCCCCCAGUUCAAGUGGGGUCUGGGGGAUGUGGUCUUAACUCUUUUCAUUUCUGAAACAUUCCAAAGCCCCUCUAGUUGGCCUUCACGCAUUCAAACUACUGGCUUCACCCCCCUUCCCCUGCCAACGGUAUCUCCUAGCUGCAAUUCUAGUAAACAGCCCAUGUUCUGCAUACCAGGAGAUUCACGGGUUAUUUCAUUGACUCCUCACAGCAAGUUUGCAACUGAGCUGUUAUUACCCACAUUUCACAAAUGAGGAAACUGAAGCCCAGGGAGAUAAAGUGGCUUGCCCAAAACCCACAGCUGGGACGGGACUGCCAAGGCAACGGGCUUCCCAGGACACCAUGAUACCUCCCGAUUGUCCUCCAGACCUACUCUGCUUCCCCUUCCCAAUCCCCACAUCCAUACAGGUCCUCCCUGGGAAUUCCUGCUUCAUUGAAGAUGACAACACCUGGUUCACACUUCCCUGCUAGCCCCGUCUCCCGCAGACCCCAAGCUGAGCCCAGCACCGGGCUGGAUGUUGGGGCCGACACCCCCCAGUGCUGCUGGACACCUGGGUCUGGGCUCCACCUGAGAAGACCAGCUCUUUAACUUUUAAUAAGGUCUUGAGGUGAUUUACAGUGAAAGACACGAGUAAAAUACGAUGGUUCAAAUGGAAAUAGAUAAUUAAUACCAUAAAACAGAAGAGAGCAAAUCUGCUAGCACUGAAGGUCAAGUUAGCUUACCUGGUUAAAGGUUAAAUUGAUCUUUGAGGGCGCCUGGGUGGCUCAGUCGUUAAGCGUCUGCCUUCGGCUCAGGUCAUGAUCCCAGGGUCAUGGGAUCAAGUCCCACAUUGGGCUCCCUGCUCGGCAGGAAGCCUGCUUCUCCCUCUCCCACUCCCCCUGCUUGUGUUCCUGCUCUCGCUAUCUCUCUCUGUCAAAUAAAUAAAUAAAAUCUUUUAAAAAAAAUUGAUCUUUGAAAAACAGCAGGAUUCAAAGUUGUACAUACAUGUGGUUACUUCAAUUUUUUUAAACCAUUUUUAAACCUAAGUAUAAAAGACUAUUAAAAACACCCUAAGGGGUGCCUGGGCGGCUCAGUCAGUUAAGUGUCUGACUUUUGGUUUUGGCUCAGGUCGUGAUCUCAGGAACGUGGGAUUGAGCCGCACGUAGGGCUUUGCAAUCAGUGCGGAGUCUGCCUGGGAUUCUCUCUCCCUUUGCUCCUCCCACUUGUGUUUGCUCUCUCUUUCUCUCUCUCUCUAAAAUAAAAUAAAUAAAUCUUGGGGCACCUGAAUAGGUUAAGCAUCUGCCUUUGGCUGUGGUCAUGAUCCCAGGGUCCUGGGAUCAAACCCUGAGUUGGGCUCCCUACCCAGAGGAGAGCCUACUUCUCCUUCUCCCUCUGUCUGCCACUCCCCCUGCUUGUACUCUCUCUCUCUCUCUCUGUUAAAUAAAUAAAUAAAUAAAUAAAUAAAUAAAUAAAUAAAUAAAUAAAAUCUUUAAAACCAAUCAAUCAAUCCUUUUUAAAACACCCUAAAAUACUAAUCAGAAGUUGUGUUAGGUGGUAUAAUUUUGGCUGUUUUGUUUUCCCCUAUUCCUCCGUAAUUGCUAAACUUUGCUAAAUUUUAUUUAAUGAGCAUGUAUUUGUUUUAUUUUGUUUUUAUUAUUGAAAAAUGAUGUUUCUCCCUGCCAAGGCAAAAAAUAUAUAUCUAUAGCUAUAGAUCUAUAUAGAUCUAGAUGUCUAGAUAUAUCCACAUAAGGUAACCUACCAUUACUUUAAGAGAGAAACUUUUUUUCUCCAGAACCAAAACCU